AUGGGCGGCAGAUUGUCUGUGCCAAAAGGGCCUGCGGGCACCACCGAGAUCAGUCACCCAAAGGCCUCACCGUUCCCCCGUCGCAAGAUGCCCUUCAAUUCGCGAACCGUCAUUGCGCCCGCCGCUGCCUUCACAAUGGCCUGCAUCCUAUUCGUCUAUACCAGAACCUCGAUACGCGCCGCCAAAGCCAAUGCUCAGAGACAUCGCGACGCCGACAGUAACGGAGAGGGUCUUGAUCUGCUGGCUGAAAGUAGAAGAAGACAUGGUCGUGGUGAGAAGUUGGACCAAGGUGGUGGCACUCUGUCCGAGCUGGCUCACGGCGCCAGAGAACAGUUCUUGGGUUCCUCAAAAUCAAAGCCUUCACCCGAGAAGCUGAAGGGCAGAUCACCCAUCUCCGAGAAUGAAGAGAAGCUUAGAGCUGCCAUGGGCAGGAAGUCCGAUGAAUCUGGAACAUGA